CGUAAAGUUAUUCAGUGUGAUUAGUCAGACAACAUGCUUCGUUUUACGGUGUUGGCUAUUGCAUUGACUACCGUGUUGGCCGACGGUGAUGAUAAGAAAAAAUGUAUGAGGGUAUUUCAUCCGGGAUCUAUGCAUUGCUGUAAAAACGAAAUGCCGCCACCGAAAGUAGACAAAGAUGAGCUGAAAGAAUGCUUGAAGAUUCCACACAUUCACCAUUCUUGUCAGCAUGAUAUUUGCAUUGGAAAGAAAUUUGGCUACGCUUCCGAUGACGGUACAGUCGAUAUGGAUGCAUGGGAGAAGCAUUUUACGGAAGAAUUUAAAAGCUCUCCUACGUUGGUAGAAUCCGUCAAAGAGAACUGUAUCAAGGGUGACAUCAGCAAAUACGGACCACCUGAUGCUUGCCAGCUGGCCAAAUUGAGGAUGUGCCAGGAUAGGUCCAUUAUCCUAGACUGCAAGGAAUGGGAUGACGAUGGCCCGUGUGCUGGCAUCAAGGACCUGGUCAUGGAGUGCGCCAAGAUGGAUCACUAAACAAUUGAUUACCUAAUAAAUAAUCGUAUUCUGCUCGUAAAUAUUGUUUUUGCGAACGGUAUGCUACUUACUUAAAUAAAUAUUUUUUUCUUGCUGCGAAA